UUGAUUUAUACUCCAUACAUUCUCUUAGUGUCAAGUUUUGUAUUUUGUUGUCUAUGUUCCACAUUGAUUAAACAAAUUACCCAACUCGAUUCCAUCCGCCUUUUAAUUUCAUAACUGCACUUUUCAACAAUUCAAGUAGUUACACUAAUCUCAAUUAAUUAAACACAUUAUCCAACUCGAGUAAUUUCAUAUUAAUUCCUAAAAUGGGCUUUUUUUUUUUCUUUUUUCUAUUUCUUUUUCUUUUUUUUUUUUCUUUUUUUUUUGGAUUUUGGAAUGGAUAGAAAAGUUAGUUAUACUUUGAUUCGAAAAUUGAGAUAGUAUCUCUAAUUUAGUGGGAUUCUCAACAACCCUCUAAAGAAAAAAUCUAAAGAAAAAAAUAAAUAACAUAUUUAUCCUAAUAAAUACAUACAAAUUACAUAUUUAUCCAAAUCAUAAUUACACUCAAACCUGGAAAAAUAAAUAACCAACUCCGUAUAAUUCUUCAACUCUGAUCAAAACAAAGCUCAGAAAACCCGGCUUUUCAACACACAAAUUACCAAGAAACACAAACAAGAUGGAAGAAGAAUCAACAACAACAAUGUUUGACAAAACAUCAGAGAUUGAAGAAAUCCUAGACUCCGUUGAUCUAAAGUUCAACAGCUUCAAGAAUUUCGACAUCACUUCCGUCCCUCCAAUUGAUCACCACUUCAUCUUAAACUCUCGGCCGCCUUUGGACCGACAAUUCAUGUAUUCUUCAAGAAGAGUAGUCAAGGAACACGUCCAACUAAUGCGUAGGAUCAAGCAAGAGCGAGACGUGCUCGAAAACAACCUCUCUAAGUCCAUCUUUGUAAGGUCUUAUGAGACUAGAUUGGAUUUGAUGAGGGCAGUUAUCGUCGGCUUACCGAGUAGUCCUUACGCCUACAGCUUGUUCAUCUUCGAUAUUUACUUCCCUAAAGAUUACCCUUCCAAACCUCCGCAAAUCUUUCAACACCAUAAUCCAAACCUUCUCGAUUGGAAACCUACUUUGUUGUCGAACAAUAACAACAAAAGCGUUGGUUCGGGCCUUUGGUGGGACCCAGAAACGUCGAAUAUAUGCCAUAUACUUGAGUAUAUUCAAGGGAGUGAAUUGAGGUUCACCAAGAUUUAUGACAAACAAGACGAGAAAGAUUUCAUGUUAACUCACAAGACCAUGCUUAGCAUCCUUAGGUCACCUCCUAAAGGGUUCGAGGAUUUCGUAAAAGGGUAUUUUCGGAAAUACUCUCAUGCUAUCUCGAUGAAUUUGAAGCUGAAGGGAAAUUUGAGUGAGUCUCAAAUGAAUACUGAUUUGUUCUUUGAGAUGAUUCAAGCAUUUGAAGGUAAUGGUUCGUACUGUAAACAUCUUGUAUAUAAGGUCGAAAGGGUAGUUUCGCAGGAAUCGCAGGCUUCGUCUUCACAGCCAAAGAUGAUCAAAGGUGAAGCGUCGUCUAUGGGUGUAUUGUUUAAACGUGCAUUGUCGAAGACUAAUGGCUUGAUUAUGCAUUGGUUGCACGAUGAUGAUACUGAUGGACGCCUUGGUUAGGAUCAUAUUUCGUAAUGAUAUUAGCAAAUUAGAUCUUUUUCUUUUUUGACAAAAGCAAAUUAGAUCUUAAAUGCAAUAUGUAUAGGAUGUUUUUUUUC